UUCAAAUUGAAGCGCAGCAGUAUUUGUCACAGUUUUUUGUCUUUCAAUUGUUUUUCAAUAUUUGUUGCACUCAGUCGGAAAUUAAUCUAUCAAAUUUUAUUUUUAUACAAUUGAUAAAAAUGCCUUCACUAUUCGCUGGUAUACAUUUACAAGAAAAACCUAAUGAAUUUCUUCCGCUGGACGACAUCGACUUUGCACGUAAUGUGCAUUACUUGAAAGAAGAAAUUGGUAAGAAACUGCAGUACGACGCGACAAAAUUGGAAAUAAUAUACAACGGUAUAGCUCUUAAUGAUGAAAAAAAGUUAUUGGAAACUGUGCGUCCUAACGCGACCGUCCAUUGCUUUACCAAGACGAAGCAAAAUUCUCCGUAUGUGCCACCAGAAGAUGUAACCAGUCCUGCAAAUAUCACUCAUAUCCAUGAGCUUUUUAACGUAAUCGCACAUACUCAAAUAAAUGUAAAUUCGCGUGUCAAUAUCUUGCAGAAAAUCCUGGCAGAGUAUCCAGAAUUUCGACGUAAUUUAGGCGCACAAGCUCUUAUAAGAGACUCAGUGCUUUUUAAUACACUGCAUCAUCCACAAGUUGUAAAAAGCAUUUCCGAAACAUAUCCUAUUAUAUGUGAGGCUGCUCCGUUCAUGGUUGACACUAUUAAAAAGGAAUUGGCAAGGAGUUCUUCUACCACACUUUCAGAACCAGCUACUGACUCAACAAAUUCUUCUGAAGAGGAAAAUUCCUUGGGCGCUAGCACAAGUAACGAGCGAUCAGAGUCUGGCUCCCAAUCGGAAAAUGCACGUAUACGCAUGAUAAGCCGUCAACAAUUGCAAGCAGCACUGGCACGGAUUGGUGUCGGUUCGGUAAAUUCCCUUUCCAACAUUGCCCAAAGGAAUAGUGAUGCUAAUAGUACAUCAGGCACGGCAGCAACACCAGACGCGACUGCUGCCCCAUCUGCACCGCUGUCAAACUCAGCUAGUGGUGAACGGAUUUCGUCAGCUAUGUUUCGUACAGAAUUGCAGCGUGCAUUAGAAUCGUUGAGUCAACGUAGCAACCAAGUGGGCGGUUCCGGCGUUAGCAAUACUAGCCAAAACGCGGAAACACAUCAAAUGGAUACAACAGAAUCAACAACCGCAGAUAAUGGCGCCGGCGAUGAAAGUGACGAUCUGCCAUCACAGUACCGCACACAUCAAUACGCCAACGAACUGCGCACUAUGGCACAAAUGGGACUGGUCAAUUAUGAGGACAAUUUAGUCUAUUUGACCAUAGCAAGUGGAAAUAUAGAUGUUGCUGUGAAUCUCCUAAUGGGAGCAAUGAAUUAAUAGCAGAUACCAAGAUGAGAUCAAAGUGCGUAAUAUGAAAAUUAUUAAGAGAACUUCUAAAAGUCGACAGCAUCACAAGACGGACGAAAUAAGCAAUGCCAUUUCAAAUUCUUUAGGAAUUGUGUUGUUCAUAUCUGUUGCACAUUUGCAUGAUAUAUUAUGAUCUAAGUUAACUAAAAAAUAUACAUACGAACAUACAAUACGUAUGUAUCAC